UGUUUUGCAAGAAUUUUACAUUGGCAUUGCUUGAAUGUCCUUUGUCUGCCUUCCCCUCUGAAGCCUCUCAGAAGAAGGAGAAAAGUGAAGAGGUGAACAGGCUAAACUCUAGCACAGAGAGGACACAAUAGCAGACUUGUGAUGUUUAAGGUGGCAGGAAACAAACUAAAAACCACAUGAAGCUGAAAACAGACUUAUGCUAAGAACAAUGGAAGCCAAAAAAGAGAACGGCAUCUCUCCAAAAGAGAAUUGGAGCCAAAGAAGGCCACCCUCCUAUUCUGUAGAGACACCCUAUGGAUUCCAUCUGGACCUGGACUUUCUCAAGUAUGUCGAUGACAUUGAGAAGGGUAACACCAUUAGGAGGGUGCCAAUGCAGAGAAGGCAAAGAGUACAAAAUAAUGGUGUCCUGUCACGUAACUUAAGCCUUCCGGGUUAUGGAUGCAGAGCUACAGAAUGGAACUCAGUCAGCACUUUUUGGCCCAAAACCAAACUAGGAGACUCUCAACAACAUUUCAAGUUUCGAUCUAGUGACAGUGUGUCUGCUGGCUAUGUCAGGAGCGGAGAACCUAUCUACAAGUCCUUCACAUCUGCAGAGAUGGAGGCUUUUGAUGAGCAGCCCUUAGGACGUUACGUCAGGCCAAAUCUCUUGAGAGCCUCCAGUUUACCCUUGACCGUUUUAUUGAGAAAACACUCUGAGUCAACCGAGGAUCCAACCAGCCCCAGCAGCCCCAAGGAAUAUCUAAUGCAAGAAAACGGCUCCUCUGAAGAUGUAUUCCACGCUUCAGACAGCAGGAUAGGUAGACCAAACGGGACCCUCCAGCGGCUCACUGCUGCUCUUGAACGAGUUGGGGAAUUGGAAGAGGAGAUCAGAGUCAUUCCUGAGCUCAAGGCGCAGAUAUGUAUUAUGCAGGAGGAGCGAGAGAGACUUUUACUCCAGUUACAUUCCCAAAACAAAACCACCGGGCCACAGGAUGUUCUUACUGCUCCUCUACACAUAAAUAACUGGGACACUCCUUCAUCUGCCAGAGAAAAUCAAGACAAAGCAAGUGAUGACUGGAUGAAUCGAGAAUAUGACCAGCUAGAGGAAAAUGUCAAGGCUUCUUCUGAACAAGUUGAUGCAGUUGCAAUGACUUCAGCUACUGAAAGAAUCCUUCCAGAGAUUGAAAGACGUAAGACGGUCUCGCGAGAAAGAGAUCUCUUGGAUAAUGGAGACAAAACUAAGUCUCUCACUGAAACUCUCCAGAGGAAAGUUGUUUUGCUGGAACAGAAACUGCAUGAACUGGAGGUAGAGCUGGACAAGACCAGAGCUUUGCUGAAGCAGCAAGUAGAGGAGAGUCUUCUCAAGGAUGACAAGAUCACGCAGUUGACCGUACAGCUUGAAAUGGGGCGUACACUGGCCAAGGUGAUUUCAUCUGAGAGCUCCUUAGUAAGUACACAAAGUCUUGAACCUGUGGUAGAACUGCAGGAAAGUGGGCAAAAGAUGCCAACAGAGGAGGGAACCGCCCCUCAAGUUCUGGAUCAACCUUCAGUAUCACAUGCAGACAUGGAGCCCCAUGUGAAAAGAUUACAAGAGCUCCUUCAGGAGCAGUGGGAAUGCCUUUGCAAAGAUGACUCAUCAGGGAAAAUGUCUUCAGAUCACUUGCCUCCACGUGUCUGCACUAUUCAAGAGCAGUUAACAACUUUAGUCACCCUUCUUACCCUGUAUGUGUUUCCUACUGGUGAUGCUUCACAACCAGACUAUAAAAUGAUGGAAAUUCUUCCUGAAGUAGGAGAGAACCCCAAGACAGAACAUCUGAAGACAAUCAGCAUAAGAGACAGUGGGAGCGUGGAGACAGAGGGAAUAAGUAAUGCUAUCAAACUAGAAGAGCAUGCAGAAGUGGAUGUUGGCCUUAAGAAGAAUACGACUAAAGAAGAAGGCAAAUUAUGGACCACAUGGACAACAGAUUCCAGCGUACAAACACACAAAAGUAAAAAUGCAGAAUUCAGUCCAAAAGAAGAUGCCAUAGAUGUAGAGACCACAAAACAAGAAUAUCUGCACAAGAAAACAAGUCAGGCAAGAGCUCUAGAGGAUCAAACAGAGGAAGAGAAGAAGGAUUGCAUUUCUUUUAGCGUGGACUCAGAUCAGAAAUCCCAGACAAUGAAGGAAAACAGGGAAGCUGUUGAUAAGGAUUUCAUAGAGGCAUGUUAUUUCCUGAGAGACCACAUGGAUAAAGUGUCAGAGCCUGAUGAUGAAAUGAGCCAGGCUCUCACUGUGAUGUUCCAGCAGUGGUUUCACAUCUCUGCUGAGGAGGGAGCAUGUGCUGACACUGUUGCUGUGUAUCUCAACGAGGUUAACUCACAAACACCUACAGUCCUUCAGUUCCUGGUCAACAUGGCGGAUGAUAAUGGGAACACUGCUUUGCAUUAUAGCGUGUCACAUUGUAACUUCAGCAUCGUUAAGCUCCUUUUAGACACAGGUUUAUGUGACGUGGACCUGAGAAACAAGUCUGGCUACACUGCUAUCAUGCUGGCCUCCUUGACAGCUGUAGAAUCACCAGGAGACAUGAAAGUGGUCCAGCAGCUGAUGGAGCUUGGUGACGUCAACACCUGUGUUGGCCAGGUGGGACAAACGUCUCUUCACUUAGCAGUAAGACAUGGACGUGUCCCAAUGGUGCGUCUCCUGCUAGAACAGGGAGCGGAUCCUGAUGCCCAGGAUCAUGCAGGAACCACGCCACUGAUCAGCGCCUGUGAUCGGGGACACGUCAGUAUUGUACGAAUUUUGUUAGAGGAAGCGAACUGCGAUGUCAAUUUAAAAGACAAGGGCGGUCGCAGUGCGUUAUCUCUGGCGACACAGGCCUCUCACACAGAGAUAGCAGACCUCCUGAAAGCCCGCACGGAAAGCAAGAGCACAGACAAAUGCAAGGUCUCUUAGAACGGAGCUUGGACAUCUCUGUCAUUUAUACUUCAAUAAUCAUUCAUGUACAGUUACUACUAAGAAUAUCAGCAAUAAAAUGUCAAUAUUAUCAUUUAAUAGUCAAGAAGACAGUAGUUUGCUAAUGUAAAACUUGUCAAUGUAAAUAUAACUGACAAUGACAGCUAAAUGUGCAUCUUUCCUAUAAAUCCCCCCCCAAAAUAUUUUGUAACCAACCCAGUUUCAUUCUGAGUCAUCUUGUCAAUAAAUUAAACUAUUCUA